UGCGGCAUGCGUCGCCCAUCACUGGGACAGAAUGAAGACGACCUCAGUCGUCUGACAACGAUUAUCUCCCCGACCAGUAUCAGCCUUUCAUCGAACGGUCAGUCUGACCCGGUGGUGGUAGUGGAUCACCAGGAUGUCGUCAGCUGUGGUCGAGCGAAAGCGAACAGCAGCAGCAGCAGCAGUAGCAGCAGCAGCAGCAGCAGCAGUAGCACUAGCAUCAGCAAUGGCGCCAACAACACGACUAGCAACAGCAGCAGCAAUUGCCCGGCAAGCAACAACAGUGUCGGUGGCGCUGUCAGUGUUGAUGGUAGCAGUGCAAGUCGUAAAGGAAGCAAGAGCAGCAGUAGCAGCAACAGUAUCAACAGCACCAGUAGCAGCAGCGAUGGAGUGAAAGUGAGCGGUGGCAAUAAAAGCAUCAGCAGCGAUGAUGUCGGAGUGGGUGGGGGUGAUGGUGGAGAGGAGCAACCCGGCACUCUACUGCCACCACCACCGAUGGUGUUGGUCAACCAGUAUCUGCCGAAUCUGAUCAAUUCGUCUGAGUGGCAGAACUGCCGCAAGCGUAAGGAACGGCAGGACAGCACAUCCUCCAUCAGCCAGGACCGGAAGCUGAUCCGCUCGAACAGCGAGGAACACCUGCCCAACUGUCAGGAGGUGAUCAGGCGUGUGUCGUCGCAUGAAGACUUCAAAAAGCGAACACCGGGCGUGGUGUCGGUGGAGAUCUCGAUCGACAAGGAGAACAUCAUCGCCGAGGAGACGAUCGAGGGCGUGGAUGAGGAACGUCGUGGCCAGCAGCAGCAGCAGGUGUUUGAGAAGAACCUCAAGAACAGUGCGGAUGAUUUGAAGAAAUUUUUCAUUGGAAGUGUGGAGAGUGUUGGGAACGGUGGUGUUGGUGGGAAGGAUCACCAUCAUCAUUCCCAUCACCAUCAUCACCACCACCAUCAUCAUCAUGGUAACCAUCUGUACCAUCAUCUAGGCGGACAUCAUCAUCUGCACCAUGCCGGGAGUAAGUCACAGCAGCCCCACCAUCGGCUGUCUCCGUGUCGUGAUAUUCUGAAGUCCCGGCGUGACUCGGACAGUGAGCAGGAUGGUGAACACGAACGGCGUCGGCACUGUGAACGUUUCUCGAAGACACGUCCACCACCGGGUCGUAAAUCCGUAUCGCCUCGGGCCCGCAACAGCUCGAAGCACACGAAGCUCGCCAUGAAGGCGGCCACUGGCGGUGGGUCGGUGUUGCUAGCAGGUAAUGAACAUUUCUACUCGAAGCACGAUACCCAUCCGAGCGGCGGUGGUAAAUCAGAACGGCGAGUCCGAUCGUCCAGUAAGCAUCGUGAGCAACAGCAGCUACAACAGACCACAAUGCAGGAUGACGCUAUGAUGGGUGACGGUGCGAUGCCCAUGUCCGAUUACAACGAUAACAACGUGCUCGAGAAGAACCAAGCGGUGGAGGAAGUGUCCAACCUGAUUGACAAUGAGGAGGAGUCGGAGGUACUGCAACAAGAGGAAUCACAAGAACCGCUUUCGCCACGCGAAAAGCUCCCCUGGGGCCAAACCUACCCGGACGAUACACCGGCCCUGGUCUGCCAGCGCUUUGCCGAUGAUAAAUUCGAUCACGCCAAACGGAUGGAUUCGGUGUCGCACGCCAAACUGCGCCCGGUUGCGUCCGGCAGUUCGCUGAAGCUGUACGGUGCACAUCAUCGAAGUGCGGAAAAUGCACCAUCGUCCGCGAUGCACCAUCAUCAUCAUCAGAAGUCGGGCACACCGCCCGCCGCCAACAAUAUGUUCGACGAGCGCGUAAAGGCGAUCAAUCGGAAGCUCGGUGGGCUGAAGAAGAAGCUCACACAGUUUGAGGAUCGGUUCGAGCUGGAGCACGGUUGCCGCCCGACGCACGGUGACAAAUCGGCCGAUCCACCCACCAAGAGCGUCCUGGUGGAGAUACACAAACUGCGCAAGGAGAAAAAUCAGAUCAAAGCAGAUCUGGCAGUAUUUUCGGCGAAAGUAUCAGCGUCCGCGGGCCAGAAGCUGGCCGGUGGGAACGUGGACGAUGACAUGGUGGAGGAGAAACGAUUGGCCAAGAUGAAAGAUACGAUUGCGGACAUCGAAAAGCGCCUCACGGAGAAACGUGACACGGAGCAACGUAGCGAAAACCUGGAGGUUCUGUCGAACGAGCAGCUCACGGAGGAGAAAGCCUCCGUCCAGCGUGCUCUGCUGUAUCUGGAGUCAAUGUACGGUCGACCGGCGAGCCGCGAGGAACGGGACGCGGCCCGGCCCCUGUACGACCGAUACCGGCUAAUCAAACGGCUGGUGAACCGUGCCAACUCGAUCAGUGGCCCGUGCGGUGUGGCCAACUCGCAGAUGCCAACCAUUCUCGAGCACGAAGCGCUCGCCAUCGUCGGCACAACGACACCGUCCACCGAUAUUUCACCACCGUCGGCCACCUCCAUGAUCCAAUCGCCUGCAGACACAACUACCGCCAGCACCACCACCACCACCGGUCAGCUGUCGACGGACGAGUCCGAAGGUACGGCCACAACGACGACAAACACCACCACUACGAGCAGUUCCGCGACGGAAAACAUCCACUCGAUGACACCGGAUGAGCUGUGGCAGCACUACGAUGCGACGCGCGAAGAGAAGAAGGAACUGCGCCGCACGAUCAAGGACUUUGAGCAACAGUUCGAGGAGACGACCGGGCGCAAAAUGUUGAAGUCGGAUCGCAAAUCGAUCGAAGAUACGUACGCUCUCUACAAGCAGAAGAAGGCCAAACUGCGACUGAUCGAUGCGCUCUUCAAGAAGCAAAUGCAUGCCUAA